CUUUACGGUAGAUUCUGGGCAGUCUCCCCAAAUGACAAGAGCAGUGGCACUCGCCGCAGACUUGUUUUGUGUUCUGGGGGAGCAAACCCAACGAGCACCAACCAGGCUACGGCCAACCGGCAUCACACCACACCGAACCAAGGGCUUGCAGAGCGGAACGGACCCCGGACAACCCGCCACGACCCGGAAUGGAGGAAGCCUCGCGCGAGGAACGAGGCGGGGACGGGGGCGCGAAGAGAUCCCUAGUCCGAAAACGCCCGGUUUCCUUUGGCGUCUCGAGAAACUUUCACGGGAACGUCUACACCCUCUCCGGUGCUGCCGGGGAUGGCAGCAGCGGCACCACCACCACCGCUGCGAGCAAGGAUGCCUUUGCUGAUGCCCGUUUGUCGCUGGGACACCCUGGCGGCCGCGAAAGCACGAGCGGAAACGAAGGAGGCGCGGGCGAUCGGAGGAUGGUAGCCAUGGUCGGGGUUCCACCGGAGCACGUGCCGGAAGGGAUUCUGAGUUUGAUCCGGUCCCACCGUCCCUUUGUGGAACACGUCCGGGUGGUCAUUUCCGACGAUUGCCGCGACGGCGACGACGUGGGAGAGGGCAAGGAAGAAAACACUUUGGGCGGCAACGGCGACAGAACAUACCUCGUUCUGGUGCAAUUGGUGCGCGAGGAAGAUGCCCUUUCGUUUGUAGAAGACCUCGACGGAAAGCCCUACAUUGCGUUUGACGACCGUGACAAGUGUCGGAUAGAACGCGUGGUUCACCUGGAGACCACCACCACAAC